GUAAUAAAUGAUCAAACCUGUGUGUGAGAGUCUGACAUUAACAGAUCUUUAUCUCCACAUCAAAGGUUAUCUUCAAUUUAACAGAAGCGCAAAAAAGCAAGUUAUGUCCAGAGCCCUUUGUUUAUUCUAGCGCACUAGUUGUCAUACAACAGUUUCCAUAACAGAGGGUACACGUUAAACUCGAGUCUUAUUUUGAAAAUCCUCGUCGUGCAGGCCACGCCCCCCACUUCCGCGCACUACUGAAACUAAAUGGGGAACACCUUUUUGAACAUUACAAGUUUUGACAGCAUUUGACGUUUUAUCCAGUGAAUCAGAUUAUUAUUUUAAACGGUAUUAUUUUAAAUUUUAGCCUUUAGGCUUUUGAGUUGGUUAAUAAUUAACAGACUAAAAUAUGCAAAACUACGCAGAGGCAGUCAGGGACUUUGUGGAGAAGCACGCGACCGGUCUGACUGCUGUUUUUGUUGCAGGGGCAGGCUUACUGGCCUUGCGCAGGUGGUUGGCUGGGGGAGUGUGUCGGAGCAAGGUCAGGCUGGAUGGGAAAACAGUCCUGAUCACUGGAGCCAACACUGGCAUUGGGAAGGAGACGGCCCUGGACAUGGCCAAGCGAGGAGCCAGAGUGAUCCUAGCCUGCAGAGACAUGACCAGAGCCCGCAUUGCAGCUGAUGAGAUCCGACAGCAGAGCGGAAACGGCAAUGUGGUGGUGAAGAAACUGGACCUGUCCUCACUGCAGUCUGUCAGGGAUCUGGCCAAAGAUGUCCAGGAGAAUGAGACGCGUCUGGACAUCCUCAUCAACAAUGCAGGUAUCAUGAUGUGUCCUAAGUGGAAGACUAAGGAUGGCUUUGAAAUGCAGUUUGGUGUCAACCACCUGGGACAUUUUCUCCUCACCAACUGUCUUCUGGACCUGCUGAAGAAGUCAGCUCCAAGUCGUGUUGUCAUCGUCUCCAGUCUGGCGCAUGAGAAAGGCCGUAUACACUUUGAUGACAUCAACCUCGAUAAAGACUACAAGCGUCAAGAGAGCUACCGCCAAAGCAAGCUGGCCAAUGUGCUCUUCUGCAGAGAACUGGCUGCCAGACUGAAAGACACUGGUGUGACAGUGUACAGUCUUCACCCUGGAGUCAUCCGCACAGAGUUAGGCCGCCACUUGUUCCCCUCUUUAGCUCUGUGGCAGAGGAUCGUCGCCGUGCCAUUUGUCUUGAUGAUCAAAAGUCCCUGGGAAGGAGCUCAGACCUCCAUCUACUGUGCUGUGGACGAGAGCCAGGCCAAUGUCAGCGGCCUCUACUACAGUGACUGUGCACCCAAAACGCCGGCCCCGCAGGCCCUGGAUGAUGCUGCAGCCAAGAAGCUGUGGGACCUCAGUGCUUCCAUGGUCGGUCUGGCUUAAACACAACAGCUUCGCCUGCUUUUAUCACCUGCCCCUCCUGCUGGAGUCAGCUGUCAUGUUUACAUAGGUAAACCAAUCACAUGAGCUUUAUCAUUACCUAACAGGCCAGGGCAAUUCAAAAAUAAUGAUUUUUACUGUCUUUUAGACAGAAUAGAAAUUCAGCUCAGAUCUUUAUGAACAGACAAAAUAUUUAAGAUCUUAAGUAUUUGCCGAUGAGUACAAAAUUUUGCACUAUUUUAUCAAUUCCAGUCAGUUGAUUGGAUAUUAAAAUUAGGUGUAUUGCUUUAUUUCUAUAUUACGCAGAUUCUGCAUUAUGACUCAUGCUUUAUUGUAAACCUAUGGUGUGCUGCUAUAUCCUAAUGAAAAUGAGGCAUUAUAAUCUACCAUAUUUGCUGAAUGUUUGCACUUUUAAAUUGCUUUUUUUACUUUUAACUUUUUUGACUUGGGAAAAUACUAAAAUGCUUGAGAGCCGAACAAGCUCCCGUCACAUGUUGUGCUGCAAAUUCCAAGAGACUUUUAGGACUUCAAACUGCUGCUUUUAUUCAUGGCAUCUAACAACAAUUGCCAACAUACAGCAAUAAAAUUGUAUAGACUGUAAAAAUUGAUUCUGCAUCAUAAUCAUUGCAGAAGACUCAUAAAAGCAUCUAAAGAAGUACAUCAGGACAGCUGCAGCCUAUUUGUGUACAGGUUGAAGAGGUAGACUGUGUUGAAGUGUUGCGUGGACCUUGACUUUAUGAGUCGGCACUGAGGGGAAAAGACUGUUGCAGAGUGGAGAGUGGAUCCUCCACCCGGUGUAGAGAGGGAGUGGACGCCUCAGGGGCAGAGAGCAGUUAGGAUGCAGCCAGGAGAUCCAGAAGACUCGUCAGCUAACUGAGUGCCCCGUGUGAGUGUGAGCGUGUGUCUCUUCACAAAGUGUGUUGUAUAAUAAUUUGUUACUUUCAUCUUUCAAGGACAGAAUUGAACUCUGUGCUUUUGUAAACCAAACUGACUUAAAAUGAACAAAGUGUACAACAGAGAAACAUCAGCAACACUUUGGGCAAUAAAUCUCUGAUUAAAAGUGA